AUGAGAUGGAAUCGUUUUGAACUUUUUACAAAUUUUAUAUAUCAUAAUGAGAAACCUGAUACGACAUCUCAAGAAGUAUUAGAUAUUUAUAACCAAAAUCUUAUUGACAUUAUUACAAUCAAAAAUAUCAAUUAUGAUAUCGUUAAUCAUGUUCGUAGCAAAAGAAUGGAUUCAUUACUAGAUAUAAGAAGUUCUCGGGCAAAAAAAAGGGUAAAUAUAACAGAUGAUACACGAGAAGAUUUUCAAAACGUAAGAAUAAAUGAUCGAAUGAACCAGAAAUCUGAUGUUUAUGCUGAUUGGAGUAGUGAGGUCAAUAAAGCAAGAAUCACAACUGAAGAUCGCAUAUACGAUGAUUUGGAAACAAGUGAUUUACCAAGUAAGGCCGAUAAUAAAGAUAGUGAAGAACCUCUCAACCCCAGCUUAUUAGAUAGGAAUGAUACGAAAGAUGAUAAGAAUGAUUUUUGGUGUUAUUCAGACAUUUAA